AUGGCAACAUGUUUGGAUAAAAACAGGCAGGAAGUGGUGUCAGUUUUGGACUUAAAUGUGGACUUUCUUAAACGUGGACUUUCUGAAUACACAAACAACUAAGCAACGUUUCACCUAGAUGAAAGUCGAUAAGUAGUCUGCGAAUGACAUCCAGCACAUCUGUAGAGGAGGAAGACAUGCAGUGGCCAGACCGGUGGGGCCAGUCCAGACUCGCAUCCCACUACAGAAGUGACAACGUCUGGGCCAGGCCGUCAUGAUGAAGAGGAAAAAAGGAGAGCGGAGACGACGAUGUCAAGGUCCCAGUACGACGCUUUUUUGACGCCUCCCAGUGAUCACACACACAGCUCUCUCCACCACCCCCAAAUCACACCUGCUCCCCCUUGCCCAACACACCACAAACGAGGAUGGAGGAGGCAGGACUUUCUCAAACACUCAACAACACCAAGAAGGGAAGGAGAGGUGGUACUCAGAACAAAUCAAGCAUGGGAGCAGCGAGUCAGGAGGAGGGGAAAGAAGAGGAGACGGAAGACCAGGCUCAAACAUCUGGACUCACGGCUAUCCAGGUGGCAAAUGGACAAGGCCCGCCGCCCAUCACUGGUGUCCCUGGAAGAGGUGACUGGGCAGAAGGAGUCUCCACAGACCUGCACGAAGGACAGCUACUGGACCAUGCACAGGAGGGUGUAACACACCACACAAAGCAGAGUGGAGGACUCGCACAGAACCAUGGAGAGACAGAAACAGGGGUCUACCCACAUCUGCCUAGAGGAGACAUACUGGAUGACCGAGAGGAGGGAGAGGAGGUCCACACACACCUGCCCCUGGAGGACGGAGGACAGAUGGCCCUGGGCCAUGGACUGAUGGAGGCCCUUCUUCAUCACCUAACACUACCUGACAAUGCUGCUGUUGCUGCUGCUGUCGCUGCUGCUACUGGAAAUGGGAGGGAUCCGGCAGAGGACGCGAGUGAGGGUGCAGCUUUUCCCCCUACCUGCCCAGAGUCAGACACCUGGGCUCCCUCUAUCCCCGAAACGCCUCCGUCCUCCAUCUCUCCACACCUCAUCCCUCCUUUCUCUCUUUUGCCAUCCUCUUCCUCCUCCACCUCCUCCUCCUUUUCGCCGUCUCCUCUUCUCUCUCCCUCCCUCUCUCCCCCGCUGCCCGAGGGCACGGAUGUGGGUGUGCUGCUGGCGGGGGGGCACCUCGCCCUGGAGGUGUAUAAGGGAGGUGCCGCGGUGCUGCCCAGCCUGUGGGAGACGCAGCAGGAGCGACUGAUGGAGGUGCGCUACCUACGUCUGGGCUCGGAGGACCAGGGGGCCAUAGAGAGGGCCGUGGAGGAGGUGGUGCCCAGUCUCACUCGCCUGCGCUCGCUAGCCAUACGAGGGCAUCGUUUCCAUGACGCCCAGGGCUUGCCCCUUCCCGGCCUCCUCUCCUCCCUCCCGUCCUCUCUGUGCUCCCUCUCUCUCCUCGUCCACCUUGACCUCUCCUUCAACCGCCUCUCUGCCCUGCCCUCCGGCCUCUUCUACCUGGCCUCUCUGGGGGAGCUGGUGCUGAGCUGUAACCUCAUCUCCAGCCUGCCGGGGGAGGUGGGAGCACUGGCGACCCUGCAGAGGCUCAUCCUCCUGGGCAACCGUCUGACCGCUCUGCCCCCUGAACUGGGGAGGCUCCAGAGGCUGCGCACGCUGGACGUGUCAGCCAAUCGACUGCAGGCGUUGCCCGCUGAGCUGGGUCACAUGACCGGCUUGAGGACGCUGGAGCUGUCGCAGAACCACCUGAGGGAGCUGCCCGCCAGCCUGGCCUCCCUCUCCUCUCUGCGGGAACUGGUGGUCCAUAGCAAUGACCUGCGGAGUGUUCCGGAAAGUGUCCUCUCCCUCCCCCACCUCAGCCUGGACCUGCGCAACAACCCUAUUGGCCGGCCCCCCACCCCACCGCCUCUGCCCCCCGCACCUCCAGCUCAGGAGGACUCUGCAAUACCAGAACUGCACUUGGGAAUACACCAGCACAGAUUCACUGUGACCGCACAAGGAUGCCACGUCUUCAUUCCCGGAGGGGUGGAGCUUCUGUUUCCACGGAGAUGUGUGGCGUCUGUCACCAGGCUAAAGUGGGCGGAGCAUGUCCUGGACCGGAAGUGGGUGUGGCUAGAGGAGCAUGACUUCCUGCUCAGUCGACCGCUAGAACUCCUCCCCCAUGGCGUCUCUUUUGAGAAGCCUGUGGAGGUGUGUGUCCCAUACAGGCGUGUGCGCCACAGGGAGGUGGUGGUGCGCAGAUUUGACGGCCAGCAGUGGAGCACUCUGCCCACUCUCACCAGGAGAGGGAGCCAGAGACACAGCAGCCAGCCCAGGGGACGGCCAGCACGGUUGGCGUGCUGCAGUGUGAGUGAGUUCUCCUGGUUCGUUGCCGUGGCGCGGCCGGUGAGUGAUAGUUGCAGUGUGUCACCAGAGGGGGCGCUGCUGGUGUCACGAGCUGACUCGGGCAUUAAACUCAGAUUCCCCCCACAGGCCACCACACACACUCGCACCGUCACCCUGCAGGUGCUGCAGGUGGCGCUGUCUGAGGUGCAGGCCUUGAGUGGCGAUCUUGAGGCCCGGGCCUCCCCUCUCCUGCGUCUCUCUCAGACUCCCAGCAUGCCUUUCCUCCAGCCAAUCACAGUGCAGAUUCCCCUGCCACCUGGCCUCACUGGUCACAUGGUGGAUAAGACGCGGCUGCACCUGCUGCACAGGGACUCCGCCUCUCACACCUGGAGUGACAUCACAACCCAGGUGACCCUGCAGGUCACACACCUCUACGCCAUCUUCACCAUCACACACUUCUCCUGGUACUGGCUGUGGUACUCCACGCAUAAGUGCAUCAGUGGGGUGGUGCGUAAGGUGUACCACAAGCUGAAGCAGUUCCGUGUGCAGUUCCUGGCCCAGCAGAAGAAGACUGACCCACUUCAGGUCCUACUGCAGUGCCUGCCUGCCUGCAAGGUGGAGAACAGGCUGGAGGCUCUGUGUGAAGUGUAUGACGGCCCACAGCCCUCGGAGGUGUGUGAUCUUCUGGAAGGGGAGCAGUUCUUCGCAGGCUUCGAGAGAGGCAUCGACAUGGACGCUGAGCGUCCGGACUGUGUGGAGGGUCGUCUGGCCUUUGUCUUCUACUCCCACCUGAAGAACCUGAAGGAGGUGUUCAUCUGCCCUGGAGCAGGGCAACAGGGAGCCGUCAGGGGGCAGGUGUCAUUCUAUAGAGGAGAGGUGCCCACUGAUCUGCCUGUGGAGGUGCUGAAGAAACGCAAAGGCCACGACAGCCAAUGGAUGGCCACCCUCCCCAUCAGGCUACCGGCUCCAGGCUGGGAGGGUGGUGGCAUGGGCAUGUUUGAGGAGCGUGAGUACCCGCCACUGAACCUGGGCGACGCGGAGAGCGGCUACCUGACGGAGAGCAACCUGCUGGGCCUCUCGCUGCGCAUCGGGCACGACUGGCGCAGCAUUGGCAUCAACCUGGGCAUCAGCUACCACGCCCUCGACCGCAUGGAGCACAAACACAGGAAUAAUCUGGGUGCUCUGGUUCUGGAGAUGCUCUUCCACUGGGCGCGUGCGCAACAGGACGAAGGGGCGGUGCCCCGUUUGAUUGACGCCAUGCUGGAGAGCGGGAGGCGGGACCUUGCGGAGGAAGUGGAGGAGAUUGUGAGCGUGGGCAAGAGGAAGUACCAGGCCUCUCUCAAGAGGGUGGGGCUACAGGAAGACACACCCCCAGAUAGUGAAACGCAGACCUCCACCACAUGACGGAGGAUGGAUGGAGCACAGAACUCUACCACGUAAUUGAGGAUGGAGGGAGAAUAGACCUCCGCCACAAAACUGAGGAUUUUAAAGGAGCACAGACCUACUUCUUGUACCUGUGCUCUCAUGCAUUCUUUCAGCCUCUUCUGUUUAUUUCUCUCCCACUCAUAUUCCUUUCCUCUCCUUUAGUCCUUAAAGAUGCACUGUGUAAUAUUUUUAGUAGUUUAUUUCCAGAAUUUAUGCUGCCUAUUCACAAAUGUUACCUUAUACACAAAUACUUACCACCACCAUCAAAUUCUAAAUUCAUUAUGAUUGGGGAAAAUGGCACUUUUCGUACAGAAAAAGGUGGAUCUUCUCCAUGUCCGCCAUUUUGAAUUUUCAGAAAUAGACAUUUUUAGCUGCAAAACUGUCCCUGUUCUCUUCCUAUCCUUGAUUUUUUUUUUUUUAAUCCAUCCCUUUUUCCCUAGUGGUAAUUCAUCUCAUUUUUUUCCUCAACCGCAUCCCUCUCUAGUUCUACCUUUGUUGUGCUUCCAUCUCUUUCUUCUGUUCCUCCUUACCUCACCUCUUCUCUUCCUCCUGCGGCUGCCCUCUCCUGCUGUGAAUCACCUGUCACUCAUCUUCCUUUCCCAUGAUCCUCUAUUCUUCCUGUGGGGCAGCCAGAUGGCAGCUCGAUACACCUAUGCCCAUGUCCUCUUUUGGUACCCAUAGACACUGGAUAUGAUGACGGCACACUAAAGCCACACCCUUUAUGGACGCACUCCCCAUCAGAGACAACACUUCCUGACCUCAGAACCACGUCAGAAGGGCCUUGUAGACACUGUGAAUGUGUGUGUGUGUGUGUGUGUGUGUGUGUGUGUGUGUGUGUGUGUGUGUGUGUGUGUGUGUGUGUGUGUGUGUGUGUGUGUGUGAGAGAGAGAGAGAAAGAGGGAGAGUUUGUGUGAGAGACAGAGUGUGGGUGAAAUUGAUAAGAUUGUCAACACGCUACUGUAGUGUCAAUAAAUAUUUUAGCACGGUGUUACAAUGAAGAAUAAAGCCACAUGUAUUGGUGGAAAAAUAUUAUUUAUUCAUGAUUCUCUGUGCCAUUCAUGUCAUGAUGUGUUCAUCACAGACCAUUGUUUUAUAUGGACUGAAACAGGAUUAAAAAACCUGCU